AUGUCGAAGCCUAGGGGAUUGUAUACAGCACGCAAGCAGGUCACCACCCGCAGGGACAACCGUUGGUCCGACGCCCACUUCAAGAAGCGUGCCCUCGGCAACUUCUAUAAGACUUCCCCCACCGGUGGCUCUUCUCAGGCCAAGGGUAUCGUUCUUGAGAAGAUCGGUGUCGAGGCUAAGCAGCCCAACUCGGCUAUCCGCAAGUGUGUCCGUGUCCAGCUUAUCAAGAACGGUAAGAAGGUCUCGGCUUUCGUGCCUUUCGACGGUGGUCUCAACUUUGUUGACGAAAACGACGAGGUCCUCAUCUCUGGUUUCGGUCGCAAGGGUAAGGCCAAGGGUGAUAUCCCCGGUGUGCGUUUCAAGGUCGUCAAGGUCUCUGGUGUCGGUCUUGCAGCCCUCUUCCGUGAAAAGAAGGAGAAGCCGCGCUCUUGA